AUGAUGCUUCGAUUAUUGAGACUCCCUCAAAAACGUACCAUUUUCCAAACUAUUCGGUUCAACUCGUCGUUGGCCGAUCGUUACCGGGAAAAAUUGGAACAAAAGGCCAAGGAAUUAGGCGCAAACACCGUUGAAGAACUUCAAACUAAACUCAAAGACGAUAUUGAUCGUAAAAAGAGGGAAUUCAACACCGUGGAUCCGCUCCAAGAGUUGGAGGAGUACGAACGUAGACAGGCCCAAGAGUUGGAGAAGGAUCGUAAACUUGGAAAAAACUCUGACGGUACCAUCAAGGUUCGUCUGGCUAUUUCUAAAGAUACCCCAAAGCUCCCUUACAAAACCCUUGCAUCAUAUGUAGACUUGGACAAGUUCAAGGACUUACCCAACAGAGAACUUGAGUUCUUAUGGAAGGCAAGAUUCACUGGUAAGGAAGGCACGCUUCAUGCGGUGUUGACCAAUUUGCAAUUUGCUCAAAUGUACGUCAAUGCCUUCAAGAACCCAAGUUUCAUUUUACCCUUGCCAAAGGAUGGUGCUGAUGGAUAUGAAAUGCACUUCGUACAAUGGUCCUUUGUUGGCCCUAAUACCACUCAUUGUAUGUUGACCACCGUGGCCGAAUACAAACUUCAUCGUGAAUACGCUAAGCCACACACCACCUUGAUGUUCCAUCAAGACUUACAGGAAAGUCAUCAAGUAGUUUUGAUGAAUGGACAAGUGGAAACGGAAGCCGCAUUGAGUAUGGAUGAAGCCACCUUACUCGUUCUCAACGUGCAAAGAUUCUAUGGUGGUAUCGGGUCACCAGAGGCUGCCGCCAGAAAGAAGGAAUUGUUGACUGCAUUCACCAAGGGUGAUGACUCCUUCGAUGUUCAAGAGUUGAUUAAAGAAGCCGCUUCUAUGGAAUAA